AUGGCAGCCCUCCUCUCGUCCCCGGGCGUCGCCCCGGCGAAGGAGCCCUGCGCGCCGUCGACGCUGAGCGUCACGGUCGGCGGCCUCGCCUGCGAGGGCUGCGCCAGGGCGGCCCAGAAGGCCGUGCUCGGCGUCGCCGGCGUCGUGCGCUGUGCCGUGUCCCUCGGGGGCGACGUCGACGUCGAGUGGUCCGGGCCCGAGCCCGUGCAGCUCCAGUCCCUCGUCUUCGCCCUCGAGUCCGUCGGGCUCUUCGUGACGCGGCCCUUCGAGGCGCCGGGGAGCCCUCUAGCAGCCCUCCUCGAGGAGCUCCGCGAUACUCCGAGCGCGCGGCGCUACCGCUGCGGCUGCGGCUGCGCGGACUGCAUCUGCGCGGCGCAGCCCGUCUGGCAGGGCGACGCCGGGCGCGACGUGACGCUCGAGGCGCUCUGCGCGCGGCUGGAGCGGUCCGCGGACCUCGCCGCGCUCGGCGCGUCGGGUCUCGCGGCGACGCUCCGCGCGGGCGGCGACGGCGCGCGGCGCCUCCGGGACGUGCUGGCGCGCACGUCCCUGCCCUGCGGCUGCGGCGCGGCGCCCGGGGCCGAUCCGCUGCGCGACUACUCCGACGACGAGGUCGGCGUCUCGGAGUCGAAGCCCGACUCGCCCGCGAAGCCCCCGCCGGCGAACGACGACGACGGCUGGUCCUUCGUCGGCGGCGGCUCCCGGUCGCCGCGGCGGUCGCCGCCCCGGUCGCCGGAGCGCACGGGCCCGCGGUCGCCGCCGCGUCGGCCGCCGCCGCCGCUGCCGCCCCUCGAGGCGCCCGCGAUAAGCCCCCCGGCGAGCCCGGAGCCGCGCUCGGACCCGCCGAGCCCGGCGAGCCCUUCGGGCGGCGGGUCCACGCCGGGCCGCCGCCGCCACAAGGCGCCGAAGCGGCAGAAGAGCCCCCGCAAGGCGCCGCCGCCGCGGGCCUUCGACGACGCGGCGCUCACCGACGCCGCGGCCGCGGCGACCUGUGCGGCGACGCGGCGCGACGCGCGGUCGCUCCGGGGCGUCGCGUGCGCGUGCCUCGCCGGCGCCUUGGCCUUUUUCGGGCGGGGCCGGCGCGACGCCGAGGCGUCGCUGGCCAAGGCCGACGCGCACCACCCGGAGGUCGCUCUCUACGUCGCGGCUUUGGCGGACGUCGUUUUGGUCCGCGCCGCGGGCGCGGUGCUGCGCCUCGCCGACGCCGUCGCGAACGUCGACCCGAACGUGGGCUUCCCGGACUCGUCCGAGGAGUACGAGGCGCGCCUCGACGCCCACGGCUUCCCCCGGGGCGUGCUGCCCAGGGCAAGAAAGGGCGCGAAGUUCCCAACUUCAAAGGCUCCGAUCUCGGUGCUCCCGGGCGUCGUCGCGGUGUGCGCGCGGAACCCCGCGUGCCUCCGCGUCCGCGUCGCCGCGCCCGACGGCGCGCCGGCGGACCGCGGCGCGACGGCGGCGGCGGCGGCGGCCCUCAUCGAGCGGCUCCGGACGUCCAAGGACCUCUUCGACGCGGCCAUCGCGCUCGACGCCGCGCGGCGCGACGCGAACGACAGCCCCCGCGCGGUCACGGCCCCGCUCCACCCGAAGCAGCACGAGAGCCUCGUCGCCCACGCCGCCAUGCUCGCCAAGAUCCUCGAGGACGUGGAGUUUGUGGCGUAA